AUGUUUUCAGUUUCUCUAUUUCCCGCCCUUUCAAGGUUCAAACACUGCUGCCCUUCUUUACACGUUUUCCUUCACCCUACUCGAACCUUCUCCGUUUCUUCCUCCCCUUGCCUGAGAGACCUCUUUCUCCUCCUCCAAGGCAACGUAUUACACUCUCACCUUCAACAAAUCCAUGCCCAGAUCUACCGUAUCGGUGCAGAACAAGACGAUCUCAUCGCCACCCGUCUCAUUGGCCGCUACCCAAUCCAAUCUGCUCUUCGCGUUUUUUGCCAUCUUCAAAAGCCCAACAUCUUCCCCUUCAAUGGCAUUAUCCGAGUCCUCGCUGAGAGCGAUCUCUUCAUUGAAGCUUUCUCCCUCUUCAAAGCCUUAAAAUUUCAAUCUCGUUCGCCUAAUGAUUUUACCUUCUCCUUCCUUCUCAAGGCCUGUAUUAGAUCUAGUGAUGCCCGAAACAUCCAACAAAUUCAUGCCCACAUUGUGAAAUUGGGUUUUGAUUGUGAUUCGGUUGUCUGUAAUGGGCUUCUUACUGCUUAUGUAAAGGGUGUUAGAGAUUUAUUCUCGGGGCACAGGGUGUUUGAUGAAAUGCCAGGGAAAGGAAUGGUGUGUUCUUGGACUUGUUUGAUUGCUGGAUAUGCUCAGAUGGGUAAGUCUGAAGAAGCUCUGGUUCUUUUCGUGCGGAUGGUUGAAGAUAAUUUGAUGCCAGAAGAUGAUACUAUGGUGAGCGUUCUGUCUGCCUGUUCAAAUCUUGAGAUUGGAAAAAGUCAGAGAUGGGAGAAACUUCUCUCAGAAUUAAGUGGUAACGAUGAUAAUAAUGUCAAGAAUACACAUAGUGAUUUUAUAGAUAUUGUUCUUGUUUAUUUGUAUGGGAAAUUGGGAAGAGUUGAGAAGAGUAGGGAGUUGUUUGAUAAACUUACUGAGGGAGUAAGAAGGAGGAGUGUGCUUCCUUGGAACGCAAUUAUCAAUGGAUAUGUUCAAAAUGGACAUCACAUGGAUGCACUGAGUGUUUUCCGAUUGAUGGUGGAAGGGUUUAAUCCAAAACCUAAUCAUGUUACAAUGGUCAGUGUCUUGUCUGCUUGCGCUGAAGUGGGUGAUUUACGUCUAGGGAGAUGGGUUCAUGAAUAUGUAAAAUUAAAUGGAAGGAAAUGUAUUCUGGAGUCUAACACAGUUUUGGCCACUGCCUUAAUAGAUAUGUAUUCUAAAUGUGGGACUCCAGAGAAGGCGAGAGAGGUUUUCGAUCGGAUAGUUACUAAAGAUGUCAUUUCUUUUAAUGCCAUGAUCAUGGGUCUUGCUAUAAAUGGUCAAGGGGUGGAUGCACUGAGGCUUUUCUCAACAAUGGACGAUUUUGGUAUACAUCCCAAUGAUACAACCUUCCUAGGUGUGUUGUAUGCAUGCAAUCACUCAGGACUGGUAGAGGCAGGCCGUUGCAUUUUCCAAGACAUGAGUCUACGCUAUUCCAUCACCCCUAAAGUAGAACACUAUGCUUCUUAUAUUGAUCUGCUUGCACGAGUAGGCCAUCUUGAAGAAGCCCUUGAGGUUGUUACUUCCAUGCUUGUUAAGCCUAAUGCUCCAGUAUUGGGAGCUUUGCUGGGAGGUUGUGUGGUCCACUCCCAACUAGACUUGGCACAGCAUAUUGCCAGAAGACUUGUUGAGGUGGAUCCUGAUAAUUCUGCUGGCUAUGUGAUGUUGUCCAAUAUAUAUGCAGUUAAUCGUCAAUGGGAUGAUAUAGCUGAAUUAAGGGAAUCAAUGAGGGAAAGGGGAGUAAAAAAACAACCUGGUUGUAGCUGGAUCAGUAUUAAUGGAGUUGUGCAUGAAUUCCUUGUAGGCUCCAUGUCACACCAUCAGAUUGAAACAAUAUACUGUACAUUGGACGGAUUGCUAAAGGAAAUGAAGUUGUUUGGCUCUUAAGUAAUUCACAAGAAGUCUUCCACAUGGAGAUGGGCCAUGGAUGUAUGAAAUUGAAUUAUGGACUGGGAGUAAGGAGAAGGUAAUAGAGGUUUUGAUCAGAUGAUCACCAAAGAUGUGGCCUUUUUUAAUGCCAUAAUCAUAGGUCUAGCUAUAAAUGGUUGUGAAGGAGACAGUUGAGGAUCUUCGCCACAGUGAAAUACUUUUUACAUUCCAUUGCUGGGAUCUUUCCCAAGGCAGUUGAAGCU